GUGGAGGUCCGGCUGCAAAAUCCUUAAAAGAGUUUUCCUUGGCAUAAGUGGCCAGUCUGCAACAUUUUGUUACCUCUGCGCGAGAAGACUCCAGAAGAUCCUGCGAAACCUCCCAUGGCUUACGUUGAGCGAGGAGUUGUGAAAUCUAGGCGAUCAAUAUGGCGAUUGAGAACAAUCACUGAUUUCUUUUGGGCCAUUGUCAAUUUUAUUGGCGUGUUUUUUGCGACAAUGUUUUCGAUGGAAAAAUCAGAUGCAUACAGGAAGAGCUCAGGUUCUGGAAAGAAAUGGGAUGGCGAUGGCCCAGGAGGUCCUGGAAGGGGUCCGUAUGGUGGUGGCCCAUAUAGGCCUCCUCGUGGAUUGGACAAUGUUCGAGGGAUUGACCACAGUUCUCUUCCUGCAUGCGGCUCGUGCUGUGGGGGUUGAUAGUCUCUGGGCAUCUUCUACACUUGUGCGUUAUGCCCAGGUGCUUAGUUUGGAGAUGGAAAUAUGAUGUAUAGGGGUCGGAGAGUGUGUGAAUAACUUGUAAACAUAAGAACUGUAUCCUUCCCCCUCUCCACCCCCCCCCUCCUCUCCCAUAAAAAAGAAAAAAAAAACUAAUGAGGCUUUCCAGUUAUACUAUUUCCCUUUUCUUCAA